AUGGCCCAAAUAAGAGGAACCGCGGGAUACCACCUGGGAAACCAGUCGCCGUUCGGUGGCCCCCAGCGCUCCGAUGCCACGAGCGACCCCAGCCCGCUGGACGCCAUUCGCGAGCAGACAAGCAAGAUUGAGGACUGGCUGGACACCCUCUCCGAGCCCAUCAAGCCGCACCUCCCUGCCAUCGGCCGGUUCCUGAUUGUCGUUACCUUCCUGGAAGAUGCGCUCCGCAUCAUUACCCAGUGGAGCGAUCAGCUCACCUACCUGAAGGACUACAGACACAUUCCCAGCGGAGUGACGCAUCUGUUCCUGAUUUUCAACGUUAUCGCCAUGACGGUGUGCUCGAUCAUGAUCAUCGGACGCAAGCAUUCGGAAUACGCAGUGGGCGGGCUGCUGAGCGUGGUUGUGACGCAGGCACUGGGCUACGGGCUGAUUUUCGACCUGAACUUCUUCCUGCGCAACCUGUCGGUCAUUGGCGGUCUCCUCAUGGUUCUGUCGGAUUCGUGGGUGCGCAAGAGGUUUGUGCCGGCGGGUCUGCCGCAGCUGGAUGAGAAGGACCGCAAGAUGUACUUCCAGCUUGCGGGCCGCGUGCUGUUGAUUUUCCUCUUCAUCGGCUUCGUCUCGUCGGGUGAGUGGAGCUUCUGGCGCAUCACGGUCAGCAUUCUCGGCCUCAUUGCCUGCGUCAUGGUCGUCGUUGGCUUCAAGGCCAAGCUGAGCGCGGUUCUGCUGGUGCUCAUCCUGAGCAUCUUCAACAUCCUCGUCAACAACUUCUGGACGCUGCACCCGCACCACCCCCACAAGGACUUCGCCAAGUACGACUUCUUCCAGAUUCUGUCGAUUGUCGGCGGUCUACUCCUGCUGGUCAACAUGGGACCUGGCCAGUUCAGCGUCGACGAGAAGAAGAAGGUCUACUAA